AGUGUAUCUAGUCUGCCUGCUGCACCAGUGCACCAUUCGUGUCUUUGUCUGUGCUGCUGUGUUUUGGUGAGCUCCAUUUAGAAGUAUCAUACGAUGAAUUUUUUCUUGAAGUUUUCGUUAGUUCUGAUCAUCUGUACCGCAUCUGAUGCACGAGGCUCAUCGCCAGACACCACUGUAACCCACAAAGUAACCUUUGAGAUCAGUUCUGGCUCUCGUGACCUUGGUAAAGUGGUUAUUGGCCUCUAUGGCAAAGUUGCUCCCAAGACUGUGAAGAAUUUUAUUGCUUUUGCUGGAGAUGGUUACAAGGGACUCAAGUAUGAGGGCACCGUGUUCCAUCGUGUCAUCAAAGACUUCAUGAUCCAGGGUGGUGACGUGGAGAAACUUCAAGGCAGGGGGUCCAUAAGUAUCUAUGGAAAGUACUUUGAUGAUGAAACCUUUGCUCUGAAGCACACCGGGCCUGGAACCUUGAGCAUGGCUAAUGCUGGCAAGAACACAAACGGAGCCCAAUUUUUCAUCACUACUGUGGCAACAUCUUGGCUGGACGGCCACCAUGUCGUACUUGGCAAGGUCCUUGAAGGAUUGGAUGUUGUCCAUCAAGUUGAAGGCGUGAAGACAAACAGCCAGGACACUCCUCUUGAACCUGUUCUCAUUCGCAAAUCAUCCGUUCAAGAGCUUGUGCCUCUGUGAGCCAUUGAGUACGGAGGCUUACUCAAGAAUACAGGUGGACUAUUGCAGUUUUCUUUUCUGUGUUUGAGCAUGCCACGAAGCUCAAUCAUGCAGUUCGUUGUAGGGUCAUAAGAAACAAACGAAAAUGGCAUGCUUUCUCUAAUUGAACUGGUACAUUUCUUAGUAUACCAUUUUGCCUUAAACAAACUAUUUUGUUCAACUUUGCAUAUGUGGCUAUCUCUGCUGUACUUCUCCCAGAUCUCGUUUUUUUCAACCUAUUUGCAACUGGUGAUGCUCUGUAACAGAUGAGUGUUGCUUCAAAACAAGUGGACGUAUAGUUCUAUUCUCGCUACCAGCAGCUGUGGUUGUGCUAUUAAGACUUUAUAAAUCCCCCAAAUCUUCUUUUUCUGGCACGCCUGUUUGUCUGACCAGUACUUUAUGGCAUACUUCUUGUUAAUGCCAGGUGCACUUAUCUGCUCUUGUUCCACAUUCCUGCAGUGCCUUUAUCUUAAUACUCAUAUCAUGGGAACACUCAACUCUGAUGCACGAUUUAGCUCUGGAUCUAUUGUACUAAACAACAGUUUAACUUAGCAAAUCUUUGAAAGGCAUAAGCAUUAGUCCUCCUACAUAAUGUGUGCCAUUUUCUGUUUUUCUCAAUUUUUGGGGGAGGCACCACAAAGUGAGCCGUGUCUUUUAUGAUGUAGCGUGCAAUGUUUUGUGCCAAACAUUUGUUUCUAGACUUUUUAUUUUAAAGCAUCAAACUUUUUACACAUUUCUAUGUCAUUAUUGAAGCUACAGUUUUAAUGUGUAUUUUCUGUACCUCUUUACCACUAUUUGGACUGCAAUAAAAUUGACUGAUAUUUUUAAUGUGAUCAGUCAAGUCUUGCAAAAACA